AUGGUGGAGCCAAUAGCUACCAUUUCGGAAGGACAAUGCACAUAUAUAAAUGAUACAAAUAAGGGCCCACCUGAUGCAAUUGACAUUCACCAUAUCAUCAUUUCAAGAAGCAAUGCGUCAAGUUACAUUUUCUACGUUUUUAUUCUGCUUUCAGCCACUUUCUGCUUUCUCCUUCUCCCACAGGACAUGUCAAUGGCUGUUCUUUUUAGCUUUUCUUUAGCGGUAUUCCUUGUGAAAUCAUGGCAAGGGAAACACGUUGAGAAAGAGUCAGUUACAAUUUUGCCUUCCUUUGGAGUUCAGCUUGAAACUACUUAUAGAAGUGGGAGGACAGUUCGCCACUUUGUUCCCAUCAGCAAGAUCAUGAAACCUGUCUUAAAUGAAUGUGUGACCCCAGUUACUUGUUACUGGAGUUUGUCUCUUAUUAUACGUGAAGAAGAAGAUCUCUUACUAGUUUUCAAGGAAUUACGUCCUCCAAUUACAAUGUUAAUACCCAUUUGGAAGGCUUUGUGUGCUGCCAUCGUCAGUGGAGAAUUCACAGAUAUGCAUUGA